CCAAGUGUUAUUGUUGCGACAGCGCGGAGCCAUGAGUUGUGCAAUGGAGGUUUUGGGCGAGGCGUGGGAGAGAUUUGUGCUUAUUGUAGUCGUAAUACUACAAUUAUUUAUUCCUAAAUUGAGGCAUAUUAUACAGCAACAUACACGCCACGAAUCUAAAGAACACUACUCGAUCAAUAUAGUUCCGAUAAGUGUUAAUUAUCAUUUAACACGACAGUGCAACUACAAAUGCGGUUUUUGCUUUCACACAGCGAAAACUUCUUUUGUGUUACCCCUGGAAGAAGCGAGGAAAGGUCUUCAGAUGCUUAAAAAGGAAGGUAUGCAGAAAAUUAAUUUUUCCGGAGGAGAGCCAUUUCUACCUGACAGAGGUCAUUUUCUUGGUGAACUUGUGCGCUACUGUAAGGUGGAGCUCUCUCUACCCAGUGUUACCAUAGUCAGCAAUGGCAGUACAGUCAGUGAAACGUGGUUUAAGAAAUAUGGAAAAUAUUUGGACAUCUUGGCCAUUUCAUGUGAUUCAUUUGAUGAAGAAACUAACUGCAAUAUUGGAAGAGGGAAGGGUACCCAUAUUAAGAAGCUGAUGAAAAUUCGUGACUGGUGUCAUCAAUACAAUGUAGCAUUUAAAAUCAAUACUGUGGUGAAUAUGGAGAAUCUGGAAGAAGACAUGUCAGAUAAUAUUGUGGCACUGAGGCCUGUACGUUGGAAGGUUUUUCAGUGUCUGCUGCUUAAAGGAGAAAAUGUUGGGGAGAAUGCUCUUCGGAAUGCAGAAAAGUUCUAUGUGACAGAUCAGCAGUUUCAAAAUUUCUUGGAGAGACAUAAAAAUGUACCUGUUCUGGUCCCUGAAAGUAACCAAAAGAUGCAGAAUAGUUACCUCAUACUGGAUGAAUAUAUGAGGUUCCUAGAUUGCACAAGAGGAGACAAAAAGCCAUCACCUUCCAUUUUGGACAUUGGUGUAAAGGAUGCACUUAACUUCUCAGGUUUUGAUGAAAAAAUGUUCAAGAAGAGAGGUGGAGUGUAUAAGUGGAGCAAGGCAAGCAUGAACCUUGAUUGGUAAAUGAUUGUUACAUGAUGGAUUGAAGGAAAUUUGCCUGACCUUUCUGCAGUACAAAAAUUUCCAGUAUGAAUUUUGACUGGUAAAUGAUUAUUAGGUGCUAGAUGACUGAUGAAAUAAGUCUGCCUGACCUUGCUGCAGUACAAAAAUUUCCAAUACCCUCUGAAACGCAGUGUGUGUGUGUGUGUGUGUGUGUGUGUGUGUGUGUGUGUAUGUGUGUGUGUUUGUGUGUGUGUGUGUGUGAGAGAGAGAGAGAGAGAGAGACUUAAUUGGUAUAGGUAGUUGAAAACAGUAUUUUUCAUCUUCAUUUCUCAUCAACUUGAAGGUAACAUAGCCAUCUUAAACUUGUAUGAACUGAAGAAAAAAAUGGACAAUCAAUUUACUGUGACAACUAAGUGGCUUGAUGGAGUACUUAAAGAUGCUGUUCCAUCACCAGAGGUUAUAGAAGCAAAGGUAGCCAGAAAACACCUAAGAGUGAAUGAGGAUUUCGCCUCAAACAUCUAGAUUUGUGGUGUAACAUUUACCAAUUAGCCAACGAGCCACAAGUAGGUGUCAUAAUUGUUUUAGUUUUAAGUUAGAUUACACAUCACUGAUAUUAUAUUCAGCAGCAAAGACUGAUCUGUCUAAUUUUUUAUGUAGAAAGUAAUCAAUCACUAACUUUUGUAAAAAAGCAAACUAUAGCUCAGCAUUAGAAAUUAUAUUUUUUGUUCUUGUUUUGUAAAGAGUAUAGUGUCAGUUUUUUAUGUUAUUAUACCUAUGGGAAAAAAUCAUGUAAGUCAUUGAAAAGCAAUUUUAUGAAGAUUGUCACUUCUUGAGUG